AUGUCUUGCUGUGCGUCCCUUACAUGCGGUCUAUGCACCUCAGUGACUUCCACCAUCUCCAAGCGUUCAGCUCGAAUCGCUUAUUGCGGUCUCUUCGGUAUCUCCUUGAUUGUCUCAUUAGUUCUUAGGGAAUGGUAUCAGAUAGAAGCUGUUCUUCGUGUCAGCUUGGGGAACUUCUUGUUUUUUGCAAUACUAGCCUUUGUAAUGAUUGGAGUAAAUGAUCAAAAUGACCAACGUGAUUCAUGGCAUUAUGGUGGAUGGGCUGCUAAAGCUACAAUUUGGCUCCUGUUCAUUGUCCUUAUGUUUUUCAUGCCAGAUAUGGUUGUAACAAUUUAUGGAGUCUUAUCAAAAUUUGGUGCUGGUCUAUUUCUGUUUGUGCAAGUCAUAUUAUUAUUAGAUGCCACACACUCAUGGAAUGAUUCAUGGGUUGCUAAAGAUGAACACAAAUGGUAUAUUGUUACUUUACUUGUGAUCACAGUUAUAUGCUAUAUUGCAGCAUUUACAAUUUCAGGACUUCUAUUUAUCUGGUUUAACCCUUCUGGCCAUGAUUGUGGUCUCAAUGUCUUCUUUAUAGUCAUGACCAUGGUUCUUGCCUUCUCCUUUGGUAUAAUAGCAUUACAUCCUCAGGUGAAUGGGAGUCUCCUACCAGCAUCUGUGGUCUCUGUUUAUUGCGUUUAUAUCUGCAAUACAGCUGUCUCUUGUGAGCCUCGAAACUACGAGUGCAAUACUCUCCACAACAGCACUGCAGCAUCGACUAUUACACUUGCUCUAGGGAUGCUCACUACAGUUCUCUCGGUUCUUUAUUCUGCUCUUCAUGCUGGAUCCUCCACAACAUUUUUAUCUCCACCAUCCUCACCAAAGUCAGGCGGGAAGAAGUCUCUACUUAGUGAUAAGGAUAUGGAAGAUGGGAAAGACGAGAAAGAAAAGGAAGCAAAACCAGUGAGUUACUCAUAUACAUUCUUCCAUCUCAUUUUUGCUCUGGCUAGCAUGUACUCUGCCAUGCUUCUUUCGGGUUGGACCAACUCUUCGGAGAGCUCAGACUAUAUUGAUGUUGGGUGGACUUCGGUUUGGGUCAGGAUCUGCACUCUGUGGGUCACUGCUGGCCUUUAUGUCUGGACUCUUGUUUCUCCUUUGAUCAUGACCGAUUUUGGGGUUUUUUAA